AUGGCCGAGAAGCGCAAGCUCCCCGCUCGCGCUGGGCGCGAGCCCGCCAAUAAAAAGCGUGUCUCCGAAGCCGCCGCACCUCAGUCUCAUUCAAAGAAGAAGGCCGCAACGCCUCGUGCCCCGUCUCCGCCCCCUGAGCCUGUCGAGCCUCCAUUGCCGUCAAAGAUAAAAGAGGGCGAGCCUCUGCCGAUUAGGCGAACAAGGCAACCAACCAACCUGUCGGACAAGGAGUACCAGUCCAUCGCGGAAAGCGCAGUGCUUCUCAUAUCCCUCGAACGAUCCAAGAAGAAAUGGCUCAGCGAUGGCAUUCUGGUUCGCUACUACACAAAACCAAAGAAGACCAAACGCGAACAGAUUGAGAAACUCAACCCACCGAAGGAGUCCAUGUCAAAGGUCGGCCUUUGUGAUGUGACAAUUGGUCCGCAUCUUUUUGACGCGAUGAUAUACACUGUUAAAGAUCCAGCGGCACCACAGCCGAUUCAAUACACCCCUCCGCAAGGACAAGGACGAAUGGUUCACUACGGUCCCCCAAAUAACUUUCAGCAGUAUCAACCACAUCCCUCCAGCCAACAGCGAAGACCAUAUCCAACUGGCCCUCCCGGGCGUCCACAGGGCAAUUAUUCGCCUGCGCCCCGCGGUCCACAUCAAUCAGGCCAUGCCCCUUCACCACAGGCUGGACAACGCCCACCACAGACCCAACCAGGACAGCCUGCAAAACCUAGCCCUGACCCCGUGAUUCAGAUGCUUGCCACCCGAGCUGCGGCUGACCCCGAGCUCAAAGCGUUGAUGAGAGUUGUCGCAUCUAGCCAGGCAUCCCAAGAGCAACUCCGGGCUUUCCAGGCCCACAUCGAUGAGCUGAAUGCUAUAAUUAAAGCGAGAGAGCCGCAGGAAAAGCGCCAACAAAGUUCAACUGGGACUCCGUCUCAACAGCCAGCAACUCCAGUUUCGCAAAAUAAAGCGAAUCCACCACCAAAUGCAUCUCAGCCCAAACCAGAUUCGGGCGCGAAGGCCUCUCCAGAACAAAGCUCUAAGUCACCGCCUGUGGCUCCGACGCAAACGCCGUCUAAGGACGCUUCGCAAAAGCCGCAGGCGUCUGGAACGCCGGCAGUAGCACCGGUCAAGUCUCAGGCCGAGGGAACACCACAAUCUGCAGUUCAGCCUCAAACACCGGCACCAAUUCAAACCAGCCAACCAUCCAGUACCCCUCAGGCCGCUGACCCCGCUAUUAAGCAAGAGCCAACUGCAAAGGGGCCCACCAAACUUCAAUCUGCGCCUUCCCAGCCAGUUUCGACUCCAGUCACAGCAACUGGCCCUGCCACGCCCGCUCCCACUACAGGCCCCCAGCAAAGCCCUGCGGUGCGUCCCACGCCUCCGAAUUCCGCUCAGCUAUCUACACCUCGACCGGGCCCACCUUAUCCUCCCUAUCAGCAACCAGCUUAUGGCUCUCAGCCCCCACUGCAAUCGCGUCCACCGCAGUACGGCUCACCAGCACCCUAUUACCGCCCACCCGGACCUGCACCGACCCCUGCUCGUCCAUCAUACAAAGCUGUCGUUUUUGAAUUCACGUCCCCUUUGACUCCAUAUGGAAGUGUUACCUCUGGUCAUGCUGGGUCUGGCGAUCGGUAUCUUUUUCCGGAGUAUUCAAUCCUGGAAUGGCUUCCUAAUGAGGACACCAUCCUAGCCUCAUUUCUCAUCACUAGAAAAGUAGACCCCAACGCCCCUUUCCCCAUCGAGACUGCACCAGAUCCCACCACCAGCCGUGGGAAGGGCAAAGGGACAUCGAAAUCGAAGAAAGGAGACAAGAAGGGAAAGGCCGAGAAAGGGAAAGAUGGACCUGAAACGCCAGCUCCCAACCAAGCAAGCCCACCAGUACCAGCAGAUGCUACGCCGAAAGUUGAGCCUUCUGAGAACACAUCUGAACAGGCUGGGACUCCCGGUGCUACGAGCGAACCCGUCAAGGAGGUAAAACUCAAGGAAUACUGGCAGCCGGUCACGUUCCGCAUCCACGCCACUGACAACCGGAUCCUUGAUCCUUUGACUCGCGUUGUCAAACCGGCAGACGAAGUGCGUAAGUACAUGAACGAGAUCAUGGAUCGUGCCGAGCGUGCUCCGGAUGGAUUUUUGGCUUUUCGUCUUCCGCAUGAGGAUGCCCGGGAAGCUUUUGAAGCGGAGACCACACCCGCCUCGACCAAUGCUGCCUCUGCUUCUCGUAGUCGCCCCUCUCGAGGUAGCACUUUUAAGGCGGUCGAAGAGGAAUCUGACGUUGAGAAUGCCCUUGAUCUGGAAGAAGAGGAAGAGGAACUUAUGGACUUCUACGGUGCACCAAUGGAUCUGCCACCAUUACGAGCUUGA